CCCUUUUUUGAGCUUGUUUUGAACCAAGAGGUACACAUCAUUUUAGGCCCCUACAUAAUUACAUUCCAAAAAUCCAUUCUCGUGAGUUUUUUAUUUACGAUUUUCGCUUCCCAGUCUCCAUCUUUUUCGAUUUUUUCAUUACUUUUUUCCUCUUUUUAUUCUCUCCCUCCUGUUAUUCAUUUUUUAUUAUUAAUACCCUUUUCAUUACUUUUUCUCUAUUCACACGUCAAUGGCCGCCAAUGCAUCGGCAAUGGCUGUGCCACUUGCCAAUACCAGCAUUAGCGCCAGCACAGCCGUCAUCACCAAAACAGCAAAAUCUCCUGCGACUCCUACAACUCCAGCAACUCCCGCAACCCCAUCAACUCCGACAUCGCCAUUUGCCGUUGCAGGCAUGCGUAUAGCGCCUUCGACAAUCGCAUCAUCCAAGCACAACAUCAGCAUGUCCUCACUAAAGGAUCACAUAUUGCGAAACUCCCUCCGGCUCCCAUCACGCGUAUACAGGCGAGUAGCUGAGUACUGCGACAUGCGAACGCAGCGUCGACUAAGCCAAGUAUCUCGCAGCUGGCGGGCCCUAGUAUCGCCAUUAAUCUGGGAAACCAUUUAUAUAUACGACCACCACGACUGGACUUUGAUGGCGGCCCAUGUGCAGAAAUAUUACAGGAACUUUGUGAAGCAUUUGCAUUUUCAUAGUAGGCAUGGGAAGAGGGAGGUUCCGGAGUGGCUUGAUUUGGCGUCGGAGGUGGCCAUUAUUGGGACGUGGUUGGAGGUGGAGUGGCCUGGUCUGGAGACUUUGUCUGUGAGGUUUCUUUAUAUGGCUGUGGAUAUCCGGAUUAUUGAUUUGGCCCGGUAUAUGCCCAAUUUGAUGGCAUUGUCUGUGGAGAACUCGUAUCUGCCCUGGCGGGACGUCGCCAAGUGGGCAUUGAGCGUGCCCGGGAUGAAUGACCUGUCGAUAUCGUACACAGACAAGCUGAGCGACGGCGAUAAGCGGAGGUUCUCUCACCUUGUGGGCGACUACAACGUCCUGCAGGGCAUCAAGGGGAACGGGUUCAUGCGUAUGCGUAUGCAGUAUCAGCCGGACGAACUGGAGCUGCGAAUUGAUCGAAUUCCAGUGAAGCACAUGGAGAGGCUGGCCGAGCAGCUCCUCUUCCCUUCGUCGCUUGAGACCCUUUGCUUGGGCAUAGAAGCUGGAGACUCCUUGCCGCCACUCACAUGUUUGACUCCCCGGGCCCUGCCUAACCUCUCGCGACUCAUGCUGCGGUGCAACGCCAGUCCGCUUUCGCGCUGCGAGGUGGCGCUGGAGGAGUUUUUCAAACACGAAUGGCUGCUGCUGCGCGGGCUCAUUGUCUCUGUAUUGACCAACGAGCAGUGCCGUCGCUUGUUAACGACGUGUCCAGGGCUCGAGGUGCUUAUUGUGCAGCCUGAUUCACCGGUUGAACACCAGAUUAACAAUUCUGGGUUGGAAGCGCUCCUCAAGGGAAUGCGCAACCUGCAUCGGCUCCACAUUGUGCAGCAGAUAUCGCCGAUUGGCGAAAUGAUCAGUGAUAAUUUUAUCUGGAAGGCAACACACUACGAGCCGCCGAAAAUGUUCAGUUUGCGCAAACACCGGAGAUGGGAUAAUUGGGCGCCCAAGCUGGCCAGCAGUCCCUGGGUCUGCGCCGGACUGCAUGAUCUCAGUCUCUGCGGUUUGCUCUCGACCUUGAGGCAUUUGCAUUCCCUCAAAGUGUGCAUUCGCAGUGGCACUUCGGGCACAGUGGUUACAGCCCAUAUGUUUGAACCUUGGGGAAGACACAGUAUGCUGAGGUACUUGACCAUUGACGAUAUGCAUGAAGCAGAUUUGCCUAGGUUGCGCAAGUUGUGUGAGUAUAUGCCGUUUAUACGCCACUGCCGCAUUGUUGGUCAGAUUCCCGUUUCUGCUGCUGUUACUUCUGCUUCGGCGGCAGCUACUGCUACAGCUACUGCUAUGUCCUCUGCUGCUAUUGGGGGCUCUCACGGUGGGUUCAAUGCGGUCCAGAUACAGCAUAUUCAGAAGCAGCAGCCGCGCACUGCAUCCUUGUCAGAUUCAGCUGUCAGUCUAAAGUAAUAAAAUGGAAAACCGGUGGGAUAUGGCGGGCGUCAAAGAAUAAUAAGAAAUUCACUUCCCUCUAUUUUGACCUUUGUGCAAAAAAAGAGCCACGAGCGUCCCUCAAUUUUUAAAUUUUCGCCAGCCCCAUUUCUUCCCAGUUUUCAGUUCGCCCAUUGUUCCGUAUUUGCAUCUUGUCACCACUGUAAACAGACAACUUUGUUCCUGACAGCAACACAUACAAUAUCAUGUUUCUGGCACACGCAUUUAUUAACUUAUAUACAUACACACAAAUCACUUUUUAAACACA